UUUAACCUCAUUUUUGAUUCUUGAUCACAAUGUUUUUAGGAUUUUGAUGAUGUAAAUCCUCCAGCUGUCACUCUGGUGGCUUUUGGCUCCUCUGUGUAGGACUCAGGUUUCAGUCAGAGGAGUUAAUCAACACACUGGCGUGAAUAAUUCAUCAUCUAUGGCUGAGCUUGUUGCCGAAGUCCCGCCCGCGUUUCGCACCUCCAUUUUCCCCUUUACCGGUGUCUUUCGUUACGCCGCUUCCAGACCCGGUGUAGGGUUGCAGGUAGACACGAAGGCGAGGCGCCGCCAGCGUCCGGGAGCACAGUGGCAUGAAAGCGGGCUCAUCAGCAUCACCUCGGCCCGGGGGCCACAGAUGAGGCUUGGAUGACGAGCUCCAGCCUGGUGACUGCUGACUCCGGGUAGUCACACAGCAUGAAGCCUGUUCUCCGCCUGGUCCUUGUGCCUCAGCAUCAGCCGCACUGACGUCCAUUUCACCGUUUACGCACCUGUGUCUGGAUUGAGGAGACAUGAUGUGGUUGACGUCAGCUGCCUGCAUCCUGUGCGUCUUCGUUGGGAUCACAUGUGAUGUGAAGCAGGUGCAUUCACAACCUGCCCAAGACUCAACAUUAGACGAUAACAUCCAGCGACUCAUUAAUCAGAUCCACUCGUUGUCCAGUCCGAAUGAAAACACUCACAGCUUCACCACAGCCGACAGCUCCUACGUGAACAGCUAUUACAGCGUGCUGAGCAACUUGUUCGCUCUCCUCCGACCUCUGUUCGGAGAGAGGUUCAUGGGGAACUUCACCACCAACGCCGUGUGUCUCCUGUCCGGGAGGCAGGACUGCGGCCUGGAGGCCGAGCUGACCAGAGCCGUGUCCGUGGAGCUGGUGCAGCCGCUGCUGACGUUUGUGUCGUCCCUGAGCUCGCAGACGUGCCCCCCGCUGAGCAGCGCCGGGCCCUCCGGCGGCUUCCUGGCCUCCUUCUUCGGCACGGAGGAGCCGGCGGCUGCAGCGUCCGCCGCUUUUCAGCAGACGCUCGACAGCAUUCUGUCCGCUGUCCCUCUGUCUGCGAGCCUCCUGGACGCGAUAAGCAGCUUCACUGAUUUAGCGGUGACAUAUUUGGUAAACUUCACUGCAACGUUGCUUCAAACCCCAAUGGACUACAUCCGUAUAGCGUUACAGUUUGGACUUAAAAUCCCACAUUUAGAUGGAAAAGAGACCUGUGAGGAAGGAGAUCUUGCACAGCUCAUUAUGUGGGGGAUGAACAACAAUGUGAGCUGGUCCUUCACUGACGCCAUUCUUGACAUCUUCCUGGAAGUCUUCUUGGCGUCAGAUCAGUCUCCGUGCCCAUAUCCAGGCCCCGAGUGCCAGAAUCCGGGCUUCUCCUUCCAACGCAGCGCCUCGCUGGCUACUGGCAACCGGGAGCUCCUCCUCAGCUGCGACCGCCACAACCUGGCCGGCUUCAAUGACACGCUGUGUGCCGACGUCCUGGCGGGAUCGGAACCGGCGUUCCCGUCUGUGCUGGGCCUGUGCCGGGCCCUGAGCGUCCUCAGCCCGACCCAGAUGGAGCAGGUGUGGAGCAACGCGUGUUAUGUCCUUCAGGCGCUGGCGUCGCCCCUCCUCACCCCGUCGCCGGCCUGCGACGGCCCCCUCCCCCCCACGGUGACCCCCGGCGGCCCCCUCCCCCCCGCGGUGACCCCCGCGCCGGGCCGAGUGGCCAGAGGCGCCCCCAGCCUCACGCAGCUCGCCUGCGACUACGGCGGCUGGCUGGGCGGCGCGCCGGCGGACCCCGUGCUCGUGGGCCUGUGCAGCGAUAACGAGCGGCAGGCGUUUGUGGAUCGGGUGUGCGGCAACGCCUCGCUGAUGAGGAAGCUGCUCUCGGACCAGACCAACGUCUGGCUGUACGCGUACUGCGCCAAUUCCUCGGCGGACCCCGGCUACAUGGCGGCCCAGUUCUGCGUGUACGAGCAGUGGCUCAGCCAGCCCAUGGUCCCGGUGGGCUCCGCCCUGCUGGAGUUCUGCAUGGCCCUGGACCGGUCCAGACUGGUGGAGCUCAUCUGUGGGCACACCGGCUUCUUCAUGCUUCUGUUCACAAACCCUGACAACCUGAAGUUCUUGCCCAACUGCACCAACGUGCCCCUGGUGCCGCUCCCGGACAUAAACGCCUACAUGCUGGACGCAUGUCGCUACUCAGACUGGCAACUGGCGCAAGUGACCACCGAUGUUCUGCUGCAAUGCAUCCGCCUGGAUCAGAACGGCUUCGCUCUGAAGGUUUGCACCAACGAAACCUUCCUGAAUGGUCUUCUGCAAAUUCAGGCCAAUUACUGGCUUCAGGACCACUGCACCGCGGCGCUGACCGCCCUGACCACCGAGCCGGCGCCCGUCGCCCUCAACGGCUGGUGUGACUACAGCACAUGGGGAAACCUGCCCGUGGACGUGUCGGUGGUCGGCCUCUGUUGGGAAGUGGACAAGGUCGCUUUUCAGCAAAAUGUCUGCUGCAAAGCGCCUGUUUAUGAAAAGCUGUUACAAGACCCUCUGAACACGUGGCUGCUGACGGCGUGCGCUGGCAUCGUGGAAAGUGAGCUGUUACCGCAGGUGUGCAGGUACUCGGACUGGACCCGUCCCAUUAUAGUGGAUAUGACAGAAGUAGCUCUCUGUGCUGAGAUCGACCCGCUGAACUUCACGGCCAAGGUUUGCAGCAACUACACCGUCCUCCAGAACCUGUUGGCCAAUCAGGACAACACCUGGUUAAUCCAGCACUGUGCCAACUUUUCGAAACCUCCAGUGCCUCCCAACAGCACCGCCGUGACACCCACUGGCAGGCCCACAGCGUUCAAGGCCCCUGAGCAGUGCCAGUACCCCAGCUGGAGCGUGUCUCCUCCAGAUAUCACCCUCCUGACUCUGUGCUGGGAACACGACCAGACCAAUUUUGUCUCCUUUGUGUGCCCUAACGCCGCCCUUCUCUCUCAGCUCUCCCAAGAGCUGUCUAGUAAGUGGGUGAGCCCCAUGUGCACCACGUACGCAAACUAUUCCACCGCCGUCUCCGGCAACAGCACCGGCGCCGCUGCCGAGCCGUUCUUUUGCCUGGCCAAAAACCUGGUGAGUCGUUUCAACUGGAGCUGCUCGGCGGACCUCCACUUGGCGUGUCAGCCCGGGCCCAGCCAGAACCUGGCCCUGCAGAAGAUGCUGCGCUGCUGGGCCGACAGCCUGAGGUCCCGCGCCGCGCUGCUGCUCCCUCAGCCCGCGGCCGCGCUGCUGGAACGGACGCUCGGCACCACGGUGGUGAUCCUGCUGGCGCUGGAGGAGGCCCACAACAAGUCGCUGCACGUCGCGGAGAACAUCCGCUUCAGCGUGUUGGGCUCGGUGGUUCGCUAUCUUGAGAAUGAAGACGACUUUGAGAAGAAGAGGGUCGUGCUGCAGUGCUUUGGGACGGUGCUCACCAGUUUGAUGCAGACACCCAGAGAUGCGACCAGUGAAGAUUUCUUGUUCAUUAAGGAGUACCUCAAAAUACCACUGGGCGACCUGAGUUCAGUGCUCAGUUCGGCCGACGUCACCACCAUCAGACUGAUCCUUCAGUACUACAGCAUAAACAAGAACACACUGCAGCUGUCGGAUCAGUACCUGUCUACGAUGACGUCCGUGCUGCUUCAGAACCACUUGGUCAAAGACGGCAGUCUGUUUCCUGACCUGGCUCCUCUGCUCACCUCGGCCAGCUUAACGGACAUCCAAGCGUUGCCCACCCUGCAGAACAAUGUCAAUGUGAUAGACGUCAUUAACAGAAACCUGGCACAAAUGACUAUGGAGCAGCGAGAGGCCUUUGGCUCGUGGUACAACAAAGUCAUGGCCUCAAACGCCAUCGCCACAGGUGGACAGUCCUUCAUCAGGAACGCCGGAAACCUGAUCGCCUACUUGCCCUUCUACAACUUCCAACACCUCACAUCUGCUCAGCUGUUUGAUGGGCUGGAUGUGCUGCAGAGAAACACCCUCACGCCUCUAAAACGGGUAUUUGUUGCUCAGAGCAUCAUCGGCUCCUACAGGAACCUGACAGCCCAGGACUUUAUUAGGCUGGGUAACCUCACAUGUUUGGCUGAUCCAAAUGACAUCCUUGUCUACAAAGACACUGAGGCGUUCAGCGUGAUCCAGGACAUUGUUGAGAACUGUUCUCGUGCAGGACUCAGUCUGCCGAGCUCUCUGAUUUCCAACGUGUUACUGACCGGCCCGGACCUGAAGGCCCCGUCCUCGCUCGGCGCCGCUCGCCUGGCACAGCUGGCCGCUGCCCGCCUCCUGCCCUGGCUGAGCCUCAGCUUCCUGCAGGGCCUCACGCCGUCACAGCUGCUCGCCGCCCUGCCUGCCCUCAGCUCCGUUUCCUUCAGCCCUGCGCAGGCUUCCCUGAUCAUAGACAAGGUUUCCUCAGUCACUGCACUGACAGCUCCAGGCCAGCUGCAGGAGCUCGGCUCCCUCAUCGUGGGAGUGAGGACGGAGAUGCUCCUGACGCUCACCUCUGACAAGCUGCUGUCAUCCCUGCCUGCCAUGGCUCAACACGUGCCGGGUCUCAGCCUGACACAAGCCAACGCGGUCGCCACCAAACUCUGGGGCUUCCCAGAAGUCGUCAACUGGUUGGAUGACGUGGAUCCUUUGCUCUAUUGCACGCCUUUGCUCAGCAUCCUGGCCAGAACUCAUCUGCUUGUGAAAAACAUCACCGCAACCUCCACGAAACGCUGGAACACGCAGCAGGCUGAAGCGAUUUUCACGGAGGUUCUGAACACCAACUCGAGCCUGGUGAAACAAAGAUUUCUGAGCCUGGGAACCCUGGGUCAGGGAGUCAGCUGCACGGUUCUACAGGAACGAAUAGAGGCUGAUACCUCACGGCCUGCACUGAGAAGGAUCCUGCUUUUGCUCAGACAGCAGCCUGUUCUUCUUCACACCUCACUGAAAAACUGUUUGCUGGACGAGCUGUAUCUAUUCGAUUUCUUCCCCAACCUGCUUAAAGAUCUUGGGGCUGAGAUUGCCCUGUAUUUACAGGUGAGCACCAUUAAGAAGUUUAGCACCAGUGUGAUGGACACUCUGAGGCAGUUGAUUGUCCAGGACCCUCGUCCUUUCCUCCUGUUGCCCAGAACAAAGCAGGAGCUUCUGGUGGACAAGAUAGUGCAGAGGAUGGGCAUGUACACAGGAGCGUUUACGGAGCAGGAGUUCCGCUCUCUGGGCGUCAUGGCUUCGUUUGUGGCGGACGAGGUUUUCGACCAGCUGGACCGCAGCUUCUUCACUGCCAGUCUGGGUUUCCUCAGAGGAUUCUGCUACAGCAGCAGCAAGAUGGACAUCCUGGCUCGCAUCCUGCAAGAACCUGCCACCUUCGGACCAGUCAAUAACUGGAAUCAGACCACACUCAAUCAAGUAGACUGGUUUCUCCUCUUCCUACCUAAUGAUGAGCUGCAGGACAUCUCCCUGGCGCUAAUGACUGUGGGCCGCAUCGAGAGGCUGUUCCUAAGCCACCGCCAGUGGGAGCGUGGGGCCGUGGGGAGCCACUGUUGGAGCGACAACGAGAAGGCGGCAUUUUUCCAAAAGCAGCAGUUUGUUCUUCAGUUUUUCCUGGGCUUCCUCAUAUUAAACUUUCAGACACCCACUAUAAUGGUUCCCACGUGUGAGAUGCUGCAGACAACGCUUCCUGCUGCUUGGCCCCCCAACACUCUGACCAGCAUGCCUACGCCGGCCUUCCUCAACUGUCUGGAGCUGAUGGGUCAAGACUCGUUCCUUGCAUCCUACCAGCGCAGCCAGCUGCUCAAGAAGGUCAAACAGAUUUAUGGCCCGGCGUCCUCCUUGUCCCAGUCUGUGAUCGCUCAGCUGGGUGUGCUGGCGUUAGAAAUGACCGAAGCCGAGCUGAGCAGCCUCCGUCUGACUGAGCGGAGAAGCAUCGCUGCGAUGGGAGCCAUUUCUGCCUGGAGCAGCAGACAGCUGGCUGCACUGUUUACUACGAUACUAAUCUCCACAAAGCAGAGUCCGAGCCAGCUGGACUCCAGCACUCUGGUGUCUCUGGGGUACAUUGUGUGCGGCGCUAAAUCCACAGAUAUGAGCCUUUUUAACGCCAUAGAGUUCAGCAAAGCAGUGCUCCAGCUGGGUCGGCUAACGCUGUCGUGCUCAGAGGACCAGCUGGCGGCUCUCGUCGGGCUGCUAACAAACAGCCUGGCUUUUGGACCCAUAAGCUCAUGGGGAACCGAUGUCUUCAUUGAGAUCGGAGUGAUGGCAGCUGGCCUCCCAGACUUGGCCAUGUCCGCUCUGGUGAAGGAGCAGAUAGAGGGGAUCACACCCAGCGCCAUCUCAAUGAUACAACCUAGUAAAUUUGGUGUGGUGUUUAGCCAAACACAGAUCAGCAUGUUCUCCUAUGAGCAAGCGGCUGCAGUAACUAACGAGCAGCUUGCUGUUCUGUCAGACCUUCAGAGGACAGCUCUGGCUAUGGUGCUGACGCCGUGGGAGGACAAGCCCGUAGACUUCAGAGCUGGGAUGUCCCUGGGCCUGGCUCUCAGCCACAGUCCAGUGUGUCUCACGCUGGGAUUGCUGAUGCUGCUGAUCAUUGUGACGUGGCCCGACCCGAUCUAACCUAGAACAUGACCCCACUCACCCCUGCUGGAUCAGGAGACACCUCCUCACCCACACGACCAAAAAAACGUGUCUGACAAUUAAGCCUCAUUCAAGACUUUUACAAACUAUAUAUUCAAUAUAGUGUGUAAAAGUCUUGAAUGAGACUUAUUUUUGUAAUUUUGUGUCUGUCACUUUGCUGUAUAAACAUUUAACGUGGAGACAGUUUCAGUUAAAAAGACUAUAUUACUUUAUAAACAGAUAAUAUAUAUCCAACAAAUAAUCAAAACCCAGAGUGUUUUUGUUACUGGCUCUCUAUUCAUUUUUUGGUAAUACUGGGUAACCCUCUCCUGUUUAAUUGCAUCCUUUUUAGGGAUAACUCCACAUCCACAGAAGUUGGGAUUUAACUCUACAAAGUUAUUUAUUUUUGUGAGAUUAUAUAUUUUUGUCAGAGGAAUGACUGUUAUAUUUGUGUCUAUUAUUGCUGUGAGUUUCAUAUUGUUGUGCACACUUGAUGAUGAUUGUGGAUGUAAAGUAUUAAAGUAAACCAUGCUGGCUCUGA